GCCGGCGGAGGCGGGGCUGGGGGGGACCCCGCGGGACGCGAGGACGGAGGGCGGGAGGGGGCCGCGCUCGGCGCCCGGGCUCGGCCACAGGCCCCUGGGCCACGCCGCCUGCAGCGAGCCCGCAGCCGGAGCCCGGGCGGCCAGGGCAGCUCCGGCCCCAGGAGCCCUCUCGAAUGCCUGAGUGCGCCCCGCUCCUGCCCCAAGCCUGGCUCCCACCAUGAGCGCCGAGCUCAACGUGCCCCCGGCCCCCUCCACACCUGCCUGCUCAGAGCCCGGCCACAAAGGCAUGGAUUAUCGGGACUGGGUCCGCCGCAGCUACCUGGAGCUGGUCACCUCCAACCACCACUCGGUGCAGGCCCUGUCCUGGAGGAAGCUCUACCUGAGCAGGGCCAAGCUGAAGGCCUCCAGCCGCACCUCCGCCCUGCUCUCAGGCUUCGCCAUGGUGGCCAUGGUGGAGGUGCAGCUGGAGACGCAGUACGAGUACCCGCGCCCGCUGCUCAUCGCCUUCAGCGGCUGCACCACCGUGCUGGUGGCCGUGCACCUCUUCGCCCUGCUCAUCAGCACCUGCAUCCUGCCCAACGUGGAGGCCGUCAGCAACAUCCACAACCUCAACUCCAUCAGCGAGUCGCCGCACGAGCGCAUGCACCCCUACAUCGAGCUGGCCUGGGGCUUCUCCACGGUGCUGGGCAUCCUGCUCUUCCUGGCCGAGGUGGUGCUGCUCUGCUGGAUCAAAUUCCUGCCGGUGGACGCGCGGCCCCCGCCCGGCCCCCCGCCCGGCCCCGGCGGCCACACGGGCUGGCAGGCCGCCCUGGUGUCCACCAUCAUCAUGGUGCCCGUGGGCCUCAUCUUCGUGGUCUUCACCAUCCACUUCUACCGCUCACUGGUGCGCCACAAGACCGAGCGCCACAACCGCGAGAUCGAGGAGCUGCACAAGCUCAAGGUGCAGCUGGACGGCCACGAGCGCAGCCUGCAGGUCGUGUGAGGCCGCCCGGGGCAGGUGCUGGCCGGGAGGUGCCCGCGCCGGGCCCAGGAGCCAAAGCGAAGGGCAAACGGGUCACCAGGCCGCCUCUGGCAUGGCCGGGUGGUUCCAGGCCAAGGCAUUACUCCUGUCUGAACGCUUCGUGAUCUCUGGAUAACUUCCUCCCUGAAAGUGGAAAUCUUUACUUAAACAGAGACCCUGUUGCCGAGCGCUCAGGGGUGAAGAGGCUGACACCUUGGCCCUGGGGAUUUCCUGAGUCGGGGACAUGUCCCUUGAGUUGAAGGAAGAGAAGGGUGACAGAGAGAGGCGCAUGCUGUGCAAGUCUGGGGCGUGUUGGGGGCAGCGCGAGAGGACCUGCCCACCAGCCCUGUGGUCAGGAGUGCUCUCAGAGACCUGGUGGUGGCCAGUGGGUACAGGGACAUCAGAGAAGGGGAAGCCUGGAAGACCUGAGGCGGCCACCUCUGAUGGUGCCACACUGCUGUGACGAGAUGGGGGCUGGGAUUCGGGCUGGGGAGGGGGGAACAUGGGAUCACCGCUUGGCCUGGUGCUUCCCUCCCCACCCAGAGGGAGAUGGGUGGCCUGGCUUGUGGUGGGAAGGCAGGAGUCUGGGCACACGUCAGCUCAGCAGCCUGGGGUGGGUGCCCCUGCAGGGAUCAGGCUUGUGCAGCCCCAGGGAGAGUGGGUGAUGCCUGUCUGUGGGUGUCCCGUGCGAGGUGCCCCAUGAGGAGGCUGAGCUCAUGGAGAGGUGUCCUGAAGCCCAGCGGGCACCUCUGCAGGAACGGUGACCCACCCACAGCGCUCACCCUCCCAGGCCCUCCAGGCCUCUCAGCCGGGCGCAGGGGCCCAGCCCACCCCUUUACGCAGCCGUGUGCGACGUGGGCUCUGGGGUCUCGCCGAGGUGGCUGGUAGGCCUGGGCCUGCGCCCUCAGUGCACACGCACGUGACAGUGCCGGCUUCCUGCAAGUGCGCUGCACCCUGCUGCUUUCCAAACCACAGUUCCCUUUCCAGCGGCGACCAGGAGAGGGGGGCCUUUCAUUCUGUUUUAAUAAUAGUCAUCAGAUUUCAUGCUCUGGUCUCUGGCCUUGUGAUGGCUUUAGUAUCUCUUAUGGUCUGGGUUGUCUGUGCCAUGAAUUCCUGAGGGGCUUGGGGGAGCUGAUGGAAGAUUCUGGAGACGUGCGUCAUGUGGGGAGCGUAUCUUUGAAAUUUCAAGGGCCACUGGGGAGAUGUGCUGAGAAGCCCCUUCUGGACGGCCCACUCUGCAGGGCUGGCCAAGAGCUCUGGCCUCUUCCGAAGGGCUUGUCCACAUCCCCUCCCGACAUCCCUCUUGGGGCCCUCCUGCCCUCUGACCACGAAUGUACUUGCCUGAAGCCCUGCUGAAAAGGCUCAGCUGGUUUAGGUUUUUGAGAGGAAUCUCACUGUCACUCCGAGACGUCUGCUUUGCGUCAGGAAGAGGCCCCUGGCUCUUCUGAAUGAGUGACUCCCCUCGGCUGGGAGGGGACAGCAGGCCCUUUCUCUGGCUUGAGCCUUUUGAGGGGGGCUAUGCUGGGCCUUCAUUCUGCUCCCCACUUCCCUGGGCCACUGGGAGCCCUGCCCCAGAUGUGCCAGAGCCAAGGAGGCCAGGCUCCCCAAAGCUGGGACACACACCCCAUCUUCCACCCAGGGGCUGGUCACUUCACCUGGUCCAUGGGUGGAACUUCCGGCCUGGCCUGGCAGCAUCUGGGCCACACAAGGGGGCCCAUCGAUGGCACUACAUGCAGGGAGGCUGGCACAGAGUGUCUUUUUUUUUUUCUUUUUUUUUUAAUCAUUGUACCGUCUAUACAAUGUAUCAGUUCCCAUUGUAACCACGAUCAGGUGUACAAUUCAGUGGCGUUAAUCCCACACAAUGCUGUGCGGUCACCACCCCUCACCCAAACUGAACCUGUUUUACAGUUUAGGAGAAUAAUGUGGUUUCUUGUUCUCUUUUGUUCAGAGUACUCGAGAGCCCAGCGCCAGCCUUUCUAGUUCCCCCAGGCGAGGGGCAAAUGGGAUUUCUGCGGGGACAGAGCUGUGGAGGGUGGUGGUCGGGAGGGAGCUGCAGGGCAGCCCCAGAGCUUGUGUGUGGAGCUGCGGAAACCCGACAGGGCAAUUUGGGGAAUGGGGAAUACACAUUACAGGUCGGAAAUUUGGUUUCUGGAAAUUUAACCUCCUUUUGCAGCAUGUCCCGAGGACAGUGGCCUGCUGCCGCGCAGGCUGCCCUGAACCAGGGAGGACUCGCCCUGCUCCACGAGCCGCGCCGUCCUGGUGCUCAUGGCGACCGAGGCCCUGUCCCGAGUGGAGCCUUGUCUCCGUUUCCCACCUGGCCAGAGGCUGCACAACUAAAGGUCUCUAUUUCAGAAGCUGAGAAGGCAGAAUGUAUUUCCAGAGUCUUCUAGGAAGGUCUGCUGGGGACAAAACCACAUAAGCCUGAGUGGAUGAAGGGUCGGUCACCUGCAGAGCCUCACCUGUCUUGUGCUGAGUAAUUGUUUCUGCAUGCACGUCCUGUAGCCCAGCUCUGUCCUGUGUGUGGGUUUUUAAAACAGUCUCCCCGGACUGAACUGAAUAAAGAGCUGAGGCUCUC